AUGGCCAUGACGCUCCCGCUCAGCAUCACCCCCACCUCGUCCCCCACCUCCUCCGCGUCCCCGGAGACCAACCCCCCGCACACCCCCGCCUCGCCGACCAUGCCCGACUCCGGCUCCCCCGCCGCCUCUUCGUCCUCCAAGGAGAGCAGCGCGUCUCCGAACGCAACCAGCGCCCCAGCCACCCACCACCCCAACGGCCAGCCCAUCAAGCGCAAGCCCAGCCGCCGCGCCAACACCGCCGAGCGCCGCGCCACGCACAACGCCGUCGAGCGCGCGCGCCGCGAGACGCUCAACAGCCGCUUCUUGGACCUCGCCGCGCUCCUCCCGAACCUCUCGCAGAUCCGGCGCCCGAGCAAGUCCGCGAUCGUCAACUCGUCGAUCGCGCACAUCCACGCCGCGCGGCGGCACCGCGCGCUCGCCGCGCGCGAGCUGCGCGUGCUCAAGGUCGAGACGGACGCGCUGCGCCGCGAGCUCAACGAGUGGCGCGACCGCGCGGGGCUCCCGCGCGUCGAGGAGCCCCCGCGCGGCGAGGGCUUCGCCAUCGUCGCCUCGGGCGAGGUCGAGGUGCUCCCCGCGCCCGUCGGCAUGGAGCUCGGCGACGAGGAGGACGAGGAGGAGUAUGCGCCGCAGCCGCCGCCGCCGCAGCAGCCGCAGCAGGAGGAGAUGGUGCACCUGGAGGAGCUGCGCGCGGUCGCGAUGCUCAAGGCGGGCGCGCACCCGUUCGCGCACAGCGUGCCGCGCGCGAGCAUCCUGCCGCGCGCGCCGCUCGCGCCGUCGCCGUUCGACCACUCUGGCGGGCUCGUGCAGGGGUUCGGCGGCGCGGCGUUUGGCGGCGGCCCCGCCGCGGCGGACGUGGACAAGGUCGCCGCGUGGCAUAUGCACCUCUACCAGACGAUGCAGGGCGGCGCCGCGCCGGGCAUGUUCACCCCGCCGCAGUCCGCGCACGGCGUGAGCAACAACAACAACGGCAAUGGCAAUGGCAAUAAUGGCGGCAACGGCAACAACAACAACAACGCGCAGGCGGCGGCGUUCUUCGCGAACCUGCACCGCCAGCAGCAGAUGAUGGGCACGCACGGGCCGAUGUACGGCAGCCCCGUGGACGGCGACGACGGCUCGAGCGUCUCGUCGGCCGCGUCGCAGCACCAGGCGCGCGCGCGCAGCCAGAGCGUGGGCGGCGUGGGCGGCGUGGGCGGCGAGAUGCCCGAGUUUGCGGGCGUGCCCAGGAGGAUGGGCGCGUGGGCGGGCGGCGAGGGGAUGAUGAUGGGCAUGGGCAUGGGCGGGGGCGUGGGGAUGGGGAUGGGGAUGGGCAUGGGGGUGGGGGUGGGGAUGAAGACGCUCGCGGUGGGCGGCGGGAAUGGCGGGUUCGCGAUGAUGAUGUAGGAUCCCGACCCCCCGCGCCGCCGCCGCUGUGCCUAUGCCCCGCCCACGACUCGACUUACGACCCCCCGAUACCGAUAGCCCGGCGUAUGUGUUCUGCGCGCCGGCGCUCGCUUCUCGUCUCUCGUCUCCCCCUGAUACCGAUACCACCCGCUCUGUUGUCUGUCUGUCUGUCUGUUUGUCUGUUUGUCUGGUUCUUCGGCGACGCGUUAAUUGCCCGCCUGCGUGGCUGUACUCCCCGCUCCCGCUCGCCCUUAUCUAUCUAUGCGCCCCCGCGCGCGCGUUGUUGGUUCUCGUUCUCGUCCUCUUCUUGGUGCCGCGGUUAUACGACGCUGCUGAAUGUAAAACCCUAGUCCUGUAUUUGCUCGUACCCACCCAUACAUACAUACAUACAUUGUUUUCCCCUCUUCGUUUCGCCCGCCGUUUGCUGUUGUUUAUCGUGGUAUACCUACAUACUGCUAGCCGCUCGUUGAUCGUCCGUGCCCCGCGCAUGCGCACACACUGUCGCUCGUUAAAUUAUUGCCUUGAGAUUGGUCCCGUGCAUGCAUGCAUGCUGUAGAGUCCC